UUAUUUUUCCCGCGAGAUUUAUUGAUUCGAAAUUUAUAGAUUAAAUGACGGAACAAAUAAAGUAUGUAGUACUAGUACAGCAAGAGCAUAAUAUAUUUUGUCCGUAGCAUAAUUCAAUUUCAAUUUAACAAAAUUUGAAGUAAACAGGUAUUUACCACAGGAGGUAUUAAGUAAAUUGAAUAUGUGAACCAUUCAUAUAUCUGAAUAACUUUAAUUUGCACAGCGGUUUUCUUCAUUAUGUUUAAUUGUUACGACUGCUCUAAUAAAAUAAAUAAGAGACAUUUUGUUGUUUGUCGUGUGAUGAUAAUUUUCUAGGGUAACGAACGUUAAAAAAUUAUAUCCACUUAUCGAUCUAUCUAAUCUCAUUGCAAAUUAGCAAUGAUAUGCCGACUCGUGUUAUUAAGAAAAAUGUGCUGCAUAUACGCUCUUGGGAUAAGAGAUUUACAUCAAUUGCAAAAUAAUCUCGAAGUAAUCAGAUGCACUCAAUUAAUUCUUACUGUAAAAAUGAAGGUCGUAUAUAUGCUGAUGGUCCAAGGAUUAACAAACAUGUGCGAAGUGCAGCUUCCAUAUUACUUUCGUUACGUGUGCAGACAGUAGUGGUAAUCAACAAGUCUGCAGUUUCGGAAUGUUUAACAGAUGUGCUCGGCAGGCGCAGCUUUUGUAAUAGCUACAUAAUUUUGCUUGGUUACAUUUUAGAAUCAGUAUUUACUUAUUCUUAGUCUCCUUCCUUGCAUGAGGUUGCAUUUUUAAAGUUUGAAAAUUUCACUCUCGAUUUUUUCUUAACAUUGUUCCAAGUAUCGUUACUAUUUGUAUCGCAAACAAUUUGAGCAAUUUGAUGAAAUUACAUAAGUUAUAAUUAUUAAUACUAGUUAUGACACAAAUUCUAUAUUAUUGCUGCAAUAAAUGACGUAAAUAUAAUUCGUACUUGACGUAAAUUUAAUUUGCUCUCGCUGUGUAUAUAAUGAGCAAAGACGAGGACGUGUUUAUUAUUGUUACAACAAUUCGCAGCUGAUAACAAAAGUCCGCUUUGAAAAAUUUCCCGCCAUAACGAUACAAUUCGUACUUCCGCGCGCAACAAGUGACAGCGUAAUAUAAUCAUUUCGUUACAUCAUCAUCGCAGUUGAAAAAUUUAACAUUAAAGCAAAAAUACAGUGUGUAUAUAAAAGAAAAACUCUUAUCCCACCAAUUUCCUUUCCGGUCAAUUAAGAAGAUGCAGUCAAUUUCUCUAAAACUGCUAAUUCUGCCUGAAAGCUCAACCGCAUAGUGUAAUGGGUGCGCAGUCUAUAGUGUAUUUACAAACAUAGCUCGAUCCAAAGACACACACGCUGCGAAUCUCUGAAAAUCUUCGAACGUGUAGGCACUAUACAUACGCAGUAUCUAACAUCUAGCUAUACACAGCAGCAGCACACCGGCACAUAAUAAGUCACGCGCUAGUCUCUCUCGUGCUGCUCGCUGGCUCGCGGCACAUUCGAAUGUACUCUCUCGUACACCGGGAGGCUGAAAAGUUGGCAGAGAGGAGGGCUGCCACCGCCGCCGCCACUGCCGUCGCUACUGUGCCGUCUGCCUCCGUUCGUAUACUUAUAGAGGUGAGCGCGUUACGGACCGAUCCAGUCCUUCAUCCACAAGCCGUACGCGCGACAUCGAAUUUCAAAUGUGCCACUGAGACGCAUACACACGAGCUCUCGAUCACCGGAAAGGACAACCUGCCGAUUCUUCGCGAUCUUUUGGCUGACUUUUAUCAUCGAUCUUCAUUCAAAGAGCGUUGCUGAUAAGAAGAGAGUUUGUUUUGAGUGACAAGGACUGGGACUGAGACUUUUUAAGUGCGUUACGAAGGGUUAAACGCCUUUGGGAAGUGUGUUUUUAUUUUUUAAGAAGAGGAGACUCGCAAGGCUACAAUAAAAUGGAGCAGGGCGGUGGCAUCUCGAUAAUAUCGCCAUCGAGCCUCACGGACUCUUCCACGGGCAAGGCGAAGAGUAACGGUAUCCCGUCGACCACAGCAAGCAGACUCAUGAGCGUCAAAGAAAAGCUCUGCGUGCCAUGGUGCCAAGAAGAUGGCUCGGCUUUGGAAUCUAUCAAAAAAGGUGUUGCUGAGAUGGUUGGAACAGCGAUGAUUGUCUUCUUGGGUUGUUUGGGAUGCGUUGGCAGUAUGGGCAACAUCCCGUCGCCAGUGCAGGUUUGCUUGAGUUUCGGAUUCGCCGUCGUUACCGCGAUUUCGAGCACGGCUCACAUUAGCGGUGCCCAUUUAAAUCCUGCGAUUACCGUAGGAGCAGUAGUUUGCGGACAGAAAUCCUUACUAUCUGCUCUGGUUUAUAUCAUCGGCCAGACAGCUGGCGGAAUUGUAGGAUUUGGACUGCUGAAGUUGAUAACCCCACAGCAGCUGUUACACGGUGGCGAUCCAUCUACUACCAGAGACUUCUGCGUGACGCUGGUGAACGAAGACGUGGGCAUGUUCAAGGGUUUCAUGGCCGAGCUCAUCGCGACCGGUAUACUGGUCUUCAUGGCCUGCGCGAUCGGCGACUCGCGCAACGCUCGCAAUACCGAUUCCACGGCCAUAAAGUUCGGUCUGGCCAUAGCCGUGCUCUGCUUCGGUUUCGUUCCCUACACUGGCUGCAGUAUGAACCCGGCGAGAUCCUUCGGUCCAGCGCUGCUCAACAAUCAGUGGACCGGUCACUGGGUCUUCUGGUUUGGGCCUUUUGCUGGAGCUCUUGUCGGCUCGUUGCUUUACAAGAUGACCUUCGCGCUGAAGAGCAAGGAGGAAAACGCCAUCUCGCCGGAGGUCGGAGUGUAAUCAAAGAAGAGGAAGCUGGAGAUACGAGGGUUUCAAGGAACUUGCCGUUCCUGCGAUUGACAAUCGAAAAAGGAAGCUUCAUUGGAGUUUCACUCUCGCCCGACCAAAUUCGCCAGCCACGUAAAAUGCUGAAUUCAUUUCGGAGCCAAACUCUCAAUAGAACGAAUUCACUAAGGCCUGGAUACACUUGGCGCUGGAAAAUAUUGACUUUCCUCUGGACUGUCUUAUGCAAAAUACAUGCGGUGGAGAGAUAAAAAAUGGAAAGGAAGUGUAAGAAAUUUUAGAGAACCUACAGUUAAAAAAAUAUUUUUAUUACAAGCUGAUAGGUAGUAACUAUGUAUAGCCGUUGUAUUUCAUUUUCUUAUUUACGUUUGUCAUAUUAUCUUUUAUGAUUUGGGCUGCCUCGUUUUAAAAAUCAUUUAUAAAGGGAAUAAGUUUUGCAUACAGGAGUGCUAUAAGUCUGUGAUUUACUUAUCAAACUAAAACUGAAUCGAAAUAACAAUUAUAAUUUCACAAAACAAAAAUCAUUAUACGAAAAAUGUAAUUAUAAUAUUUAAUUUGAUAAAAUCUAGUGAUAAGUUAAUUUUUAACAAAUUAUUCUAUAAGUUUAUGUUAUAGUUCAAAAAUAAUUUAUUUUAUACAUUACACGAUGUCAAAUCUAAAUAUGUGAACAUAAUACCAAAACACACCAAACAUUGCGAAAUUCAAAAUUUUGUAAAAAAGUUUGAGUAAGUAUGAAAAUAUGAAUGUUUGCAUGUAUAUUGUUAAACAAAGGAAUUGAAAGAAUCUAUAAACUAUCGAAACUCAUUGCGUGAAAUCGAACAAAAUAUUACAUUACGAUACUAUAUGGCAUAAAUCGUACUUUACGGCACGGCGUGUAUAAGCGCCCGAGCGCAGCGAGUGCCAUGAAGAUCGACUUAUGACCGUGUAUAGUACGAUAUUUUAUAGCACUGACUAGCAUAAAUCCGCUGUCACGCCUAUCCGUGGCAUUAGCAGUCCUUUUUAUGCGUCGUGCAAUAAAGGACUACUUAGGGCACGGAUAUGCGUGACAUAAAUGCGGAUUUAUGCCACGCAGUGCUAUAAAUAUUAUUUUAAAGAUAACUAGAGUUGCAAACGACAUUCUUUAGACAAAAUACAUUGCACAUAUUUUGUACUUGAUUAUAUUUUAAGUAUGUUACAAUUAUUUGCCACUCAGAACUGUGCGCGAAUUCUAAGAAUAUAAUUUGAAUAAAUGUGUUUUUUAUAUGAACAUUGUAAUCAUUUAAAAUUAAUCAUUAUAAGAUCACAAAAAACUAUAAUAACACUUCGAUAGUACUUUGUCUUUUGAAUCGAAUAUUUUUGAUAAUCGGUGUAUAAAAAUGUACAUAAUACAUACCUUCCAUAUAAGUUCAACAUAUCAAUUUUAUAUGCUUUUUCAUACUCUUGAUAAAGUGGUAUUCUGGCGAUAAAAUCACCUUCAUAUAAUAAUCAUGUUCACAAUGUAUUCCACAGCUUUUAAUAAUCUCUCCCCAAUAACUAGCGGAAGUAAUAAAGUGCACAAAAAUAGCAGCAUAAUGUCAUCGCUUGUUUCCAACUGAAUUUUCGCCACACAGCCUACAGUCACGUCCUAUGUACGAAUGUAUACAAAAAUAGUCACGCACGUACCCGUAGUAAUGUCGAUAUGCGUGAAGGCGAAACCUUAACUGAAGAAACAAAAGGGAGCAACGCAUACAUGCGUGCGAAAGAACAAAAAUACAAUCGCAAAAUCAUCCAGUGAAGCGGGAUAUGAAGAGAAUUAAAAAUAAAAAAUAACGCGACAACAGCGCGGGGAUAUAGAGUAGAUUUUAUUCGCAUACGCGCGGGUGCAAUGCGGCGAAAAAGGUGUCCUAAACGAGCAGAGCGCGCCUCUCGUUUGUAACCCUUUCCACGGUUAUUUUUUUGCUCGUUGUGCCGUGCCUCCACCGGGUAGUAUAACGAAUUUCGAAAUAAUGCAAUUAGUCCGUUCGUCGCGUUUUCCGGAAAUUAGCUCCGUCACGGCAAGCUGCGCGAGAGAGAGACCAGGGCAGCACGAUGCGCGCAAAAGUUUUAAUUGUGCGGGGCUACGCGAGCGCGCGCUCUACGUGUUCAUGUAUAAUGGCGCCUACCGCGUACAAUUUUGCACGUGUAAAUAUGGGACGUUUCGCGUCAAAUGUGUCACCUGCAACUUCCUUUUUUAUCCUCUUUUUACUAGUAUCAUGUCGCAGUUUGCAAUAUCUAUUGUGAGGUUUGAGGCAGCAUGUGCAAAAAGAACGUGAUUAACUACACUCUUUGCGGUUGUGGAGUACUUUUUUACAGCUUAAUAUUAUACUUGGUGCUACGUCUCAGCACGCAUUCUUUUGCGAUUAAGAUUUGCGAAAAUUUCAGUAUUUUAUAUUAUUUACUUUGAGAUGAGUACCUAUGUAUAUUUGUAAGAAUUAAUAGUUGGUAAGAUUUAUUUGAAGAAAUAUACAAACAUUUUAUGAA